ACACGAAACUGAAUCAAAACCGCCACCUUUGUCCUUUAUUUAUGCCAUGUUCCCAAGAAUCAUCCAGCUUUUAAUUACUGUCAUUUUGCUUCUCUAUACAUACAACACUUUUCCCUUUCUUAGCUUUCCAGUUCUUUUGUGGGACCCCUUUGCCCUCCAUGUGCUUCUUCCUCCUUUUGCUCCCUCUGUGCAAAAACCCUACCAUAUUGCACAUUGUUUCUUGAAAUAAAGUUUCAAACUUUGCUAUAAACAACACUUUGUUUUCUUGUUUUUUCACUUUAAAAGUUUCAAUAUGAACACCCUUCUUUGUUUAGAGCUCUAAAAUCUUGAAACUUUGCUAUAAACAACACUUUGGUUUCUUGUUUUGUUCCAUUUUCCAAAGAAAUGAACACCCUUCUUGGGUUAAAGCUCUAAAAUCUUGAAAAAAGGUUUUGUUUUAAGUUUUCUUUUUAUGGUUUUUUGCGUAUUUUGCUAUAUAGAGCACUUGGUUUCUCAUUUUCUAGUCAUAAAGUUUCAGUCUUUACUUAAGAAAUUAACACUCUUCUUGGUUUAGAGUUCAAGUUUUGGAAAAAAGUUUGAAACUUUGCUGGAAAGACCUCUUUGGUUUCUUGGUUUGUCUUCCACAUUUUCUUGUUGAAAAGUUCCAAUCUUUACUAAAGAAAUGAACGCCAUUCUUAUGUUAAAGCUCAAAUAUUGAAAAAAGUUUGAAACUUUAUAAAGAACACUUUGGUUUCUUGUUUUUUCACAUAUUCUUCCCAAAAAGUUUCAAUCUUUACUACCGAAAUGAAGACCCUUUUGGGGUUAAAGCUUGUAACUUUUCUUGUUCUUGGGAUUUGUGCAUUCUUGAUUUUGGGUGUAGAGUGUCAAGAUGAUGAUGCUUCAGUAAUGUUAGUUUUGAAAAAGAGCUUAAACCCACCUCAAGAAACAGGUUGGUUAGACCCUGAUCCAUGUAAAUGGAACCAUGUUGGGUGUUCUGACAAACGGGUCAUCAGGAUCCAAAUUGGACACCAAAAUAUUCAAGGUACUCUCCCUCAAGAUAUCUCUAAGCUUACUCAACUUGAACGUUUAGAGCUUCAAGGGAACAAUAUCUCUGGUCCUUUGCCUAGUUUGAGUGGUUUGAGUUCAUUGCAAGUGCUAUUGCUUAAUGAUAAUCAGUUUAGUUCAAUUCCUCCUGAUUUUUUUACUGAUAUGACUGCACUGCAAUCUGUUGACAUUGAUAAGAAUCCUUUGUUUGGUUGGGAAAUACCUGAGAGUCUUAGAAAUGCUUCUUCACUUAGGAACUUUUCAGCAAAUUCAGCUAAUAUUACUGGGAGAAUUCCUAGCUUUUUAGGCCCUGAUGAGUUUCCUGGAUUGGUAAAUUUACAUUUGGCUAACAAUAACUUGGAGGGUGAAUUGCCCCCUAGUUUUUCUGUCUCCUUGCUUGAGUCUUUAUGGCUAAAUGGACAGAAACUUAGUGGAGGGAUUGGUGUUUUACAAAACAUGACCUCCUUGAAGGAAGUUUGGUUGCAUUCAAAUGAAUUUUCGGGGCCGUUGCCAGAUUUUUCGGGGUUAAAGGCAUUGGAGACAUUGAGUCUUAGAGAUAAUUCCUUUACAGGUCCAGUGCCUGCUUCAUUGAGGAAUCUUGAGUCGUUGAAGUUCGUUAAUUUGACGAAUAAUUUGUUUCAAGGACCAAUGCCGACGUUCAAAGGUUCUGUUGUUGUUGAUUCGGCAAUAAAUACGAACAGCUUUUGCUUGCCAAAGCCAGGUGAUUGUGAUCCUCGAGUUAAUACAUUGCUUUCAAUUGCGAAAGCAGUGGAUUAUCCAAGGAAGUUUGCGGAGAACUGGAAGGGAAAUGAUCCCUGUGCUGAUUGGUUCGGUCUCACUUGUAGUAAUGGUAAUAUUACCAUUAUUAAUUUCCAGAAAAUGGGGCUUUCAGGAACAAUUUCUCCUGAAUUUGCUUCAUUGAAGUCACUACAAAGGAUACUUCUUGCAGAUAAUAAUCUGACUGGUACAAUUCCCGAGGAGCUGACCACAUUGACAGGCCUUACAGAGUUAGAUGUGUCUAACAACCAAAUUUAUGGAAAGGUACCGCCUUUUAGGAGCAAUAUGAUUCUGAAAACUAGUGGUAACCCUAAUAUUGGAAAGGCUAAGAUUGAUGUACCUUCCCAAGGCAACCCUCCAGGUGGUUCACCAGGCUCUGGUUCUGAUGAUGGAAAUGCCCAAGAAGCUCGUAAAAAGUCCAAUCGCUGGAUUGGAAUUGUGAUGUUUUCUGUAAUUGGGGGUGUAUUUAUGCUUUUUUUGAUCGGAAUGGCAGCUUUUUGUCUGUACAAAAGCAAACAAAAGCGUUUUAGCAGAGUGCAAAGUCCCAAUGCCAUGGUGAUGCAUCCACGCCAUUCUGGUUCUGACAAUGAUAGUGUGAAAAUCACAGUUGCAGGAUCCAGUGUCAGUGUUGCUGGAGUUAGUGAAGCUCAUACUGUUUCAGCUAGUGAAGCCGGUGACGUUCAAAUGGUUGAAGCAGGGAAUAUGGUGAUUUCCAUUCAAGUACUGAAGAAUGUGACCAACAAUUUUAGUGAAGAGAACAUACUAGGUCAGGGAGGCUUUGGCACUGUCUAUAAAGGGGAGCUGCAUGAUGGGACUAAGAUUGCAGUUAAAAGAAUGGAAAAUGGAAUCAUCACGGGGAAGGGACUCGCUGAAUUUAAAUCCGAGAUUGCUGUUUUGACCAAGGUCAGGCAUAGGCAUCUUGUUGGACUACUCGGGUAUUGUCUUGAUGGGAAUGAGAAACUUCUAGUCUAUGAAUACAUGCCUCAAGGAACAUUAAGCAGGCAUCUCUUCGACUGGGCAGAGGAAGGGCUGAAACCCUUGGAGUGGACAAGAAGAUUGACCAUUGCAUUAGAUGUUGCUAGGGGUGUAGAGUACCUCCAUAGUUUAGCCCACCAGAGUUUCAUUCACAGGGACCUGAAGCCGUCAAAUAUUCUUCUAGGGGAUGAUAUGAGGGCCAAAGUUGCUGAUUUUGGCCUUGUGAGACUUGCUCCAGAAGGGAAAGGUUCUAUUGAGACAAGGAUUGCUGGGACAUUUGGAUAUCUGGCGCCGGAAUAUGCAGUAACUGGGAGAGUGACAACAAAGGUGGACGUGUUCAGUUUCGGUGUGAUUUUGAUGGAACUCAUCACAGGAAGAAAGGCGCUUGAUGAAAGCCAGCCUGAGGAGAGCAUGCAUCUAGUAACAUGGUUCCGAAGGAUGCAUUUGAAUAAGGAUACAUUCAGAAAGGCAAUUGACCCCGCGAUAGACCAGAGCGAGGAAACACUUGUCAGUGUCAGUACUGUAGCUGAGCUAGCUGGGCACUGCUCUGCAAGGGAGCCAUAUCAAAGGCCUGACAUGGGUCAUGCUGUGAAUGUUCUUUCAUCCCUUGUGGAGCUCUGGAAACCAUCCGACGAGUGCUCAGAGGACAUAUACGGCAUUGAUCUCGACAUGUCACUGCCCCAGGCGCUUAAGAAGUGGCAGGCCUAUGAAGGUACAAGCCACAUGGAUUCAUCCUCUUCUUCAUACCUUCCAAGCUUGGAUAACACUCAAACUAGCAUCCCUACUCGCCCUUACGGAUUUGCUGAGUCAUUUAGAUCUUCUGAUGGUAGAUGAGAAGUUGGCACUCUUUGAUCUAGGUUUGGUUGUUCAUUCUAUCUGUUAUCUUCCUCGUUGCAAGUCACGCAACCUUUUUUUUUCCCCUUUUAACUCUGAUGCUUUGAUCCUUUUAACUCAUUCUUAGUUUUGGAACUGUGAGGAUAGGGAUUCUUUUUAAGUUUUUGCUGUCUUUUGACUCUUGUUGUAUGAUGAAUCUCACUCUCCAUGUGAAUACAUUGUGGUUUGGUGAGGAUAGGGAUUCUUUUUAAGUUUUUGCUGUCUUUUGACUCUUGUUGUAUGAUGAAUCUCACUCUCCAUGUGAAUACAUUGUGGUUUGGUUGGAAAUGAAAGGGAUGUCAUCAAUUACCAGUA